CACAAAUGGCAGGCCAAGAACCGUUCCCAACGGACCCCUGAACGAUUCACCUGCAACCAUGCCUAAGUUAGCAUCGCUGUCAGCUUCUGCCUUCCGCAACGUGGGCUGGAACUUGCUUCUUUCAGCGUCAGAUUUACUCGUCACAUCGGCUUUGUGAGUAGGCAACAUUAUUGUCAAUUGUCAUCUCAACUCAACGGACAGUUUGAGCGAAGACGCAGCAGCAGCCGCCGCCGCCGCCAUUGGGCCUGGACCAACAAUGGCUUCCAAGAUCUCUGGCGUGACUUGAUUGAAAGAAACAACUGACCCCUGGUGGGCUUCGGAACAUGGAAGGCUAUAAGGAAGUGACUUCGGCGGUUGAAGGCCGCCUUUUCCUUUCCACGCAAAAGCAUCGCGAGGCCGAUAAGAAUAACGAGGUGUAUUUCCAAUCCCGACCUCAGACUUUACCUACAGCGGAUUCAUGGCUUUCGCCCUUCGCCAGCCGAAUCGAUACCGCAGGCAAGAGCAAAUCGAGCAGCCUGAAAGAUGGAGAUCAAAGCCUCGGCGAUGCCAAAACAAGCUCGCACCGUUCAUCACCCCGAUCUGCUGGCAAAGGUCUUCCCAAGAUAAAGGACCAAGGACCACAUCAGAUAACUACCCACGCUGACGCCUUCACGGUUACACUCGAAUUGGCCGAGCCAAUCUUGUACUUGGAGGGUUUCGAUUUUCCGCACAAUUCCGCACACAGAUCUGCAGUCCUUAGAGGCACUAUGCACCUGGGAUUCUUGCGACCAACCACACUUUCGCACUUGGCACUCAGCUUCCUAGGGACUCACGAGACGAUCUGGCCGGAGGCUUGGAGAGUAAGGCGGCUGAAGAAGAUAUUUCGUGAAGAGGUGGUUCACCAUCUAUGGAAUUUUCUAGACAACGACAAAUCCGUGAGCGACAGCCUGGCAACGUCGGUGCGGAAAUUUGGCCCAGGACGAUAUUCCUGGAACUUCGAGCUUCCUCUGGCCUCGUCCUUGCCGGAAACAAUUGAUCUACCCCUGGGUAAGGUCUCUUAUACUUUGAGAGCUUCUGCGACCGAGGCAGGUCACUCGUUCAAUGCGGCGACAUUCCUACAAAAAAUCACUCUUCUGCGGAUUCCUUGUAUCUGCUCACUGGAGUUGACGGAGCCUUAUGAGGUUCGUGGUCUCCUUCAAGGACUCCGGUAUAGCUUCAGUCUUGCCGCCAAGUCUUGCCGAGUCGGUGGCCAGCUGCCCCUGACCAUCAAGCUGUCUUCCCCGACAGAUCGUUCGUGGCAAAGCAUAAAUGUGUCAGUGGUCGAAGACAUCCAAUACCGCACAAGGGAUGGCCAAGCUCACAGAGAGCAAUCGCGUGUCAAGGCAGUCUUGUACACGAAACGUGCGAAGCGGGACCCUUUGCAUCAAAGGGCUUUCAGACGUAUUAGUGCUGCAGGUGAAAAGAUGGCACCAUCGUACGCCAGCGGUGUGGUCAUCGAGAAACAUCAGCCUCGGAGAAGUGGAUCGGUGUCGCACCUGGAAGAUGCAGGCAUGGAUAAUCUGCACGAGAAGGCCAUACUCAGCCUUCCAUCUUGUUCAACAAUCGAAGCAGAUACUGCAUAUAAGUGUCUGUACGUUCGGCACCAUCUUCUGAUUACGAUCGCAGCAUACGUCGAAGUCAACGAGCAUGAUCGCAAACAUUUUCAGAUUCGGAUCAGAAUGCCGAUCCAGAUCAUCACUUGCAAGCUGUGUGAUGGUAACGCCACUCUGCCAGAGUACUCGGAGAAUGCGGCCGCCCUUACCAUGGAUGGGACUCCAGACCUGUGCCGGUGCACGAGUGGUCCAAGCAACACUCUAAGGGAGAAUAGCCCAGCCAGCAGAAGAACGCUCGACGCACAAGAAGACGCGAGGGAAUGAAUUCAUGUUGAUAUCUAGCCUGUCUUCCGAGAUUAUUGUAGCAAAGGUCUACCGCACCCACCUGAAUUGAGUGUCCGACUCCUGAUAGAUGGACUUUGCCUCGCCGGAAAGCCUUACUGUACAUUAUCUCGGCUUAGUUUCCU